AUGUCCGUCUUCGAGCGAAUAGACGGCGUCCCACGUCUCGUCCACUUCCUCCCAGUGAUCGCUGACCCCAGGGUUACCGUGUUCCACGUCCUGCUCGGCUUGUCUGUCCUGUCAUACAUCGCCGUGGUCGCGCAUCGCCCGCUGGCGCCGGAUCUGUCGCUCGCACCGCCCGACGCCCGUCCUUUGCCGGGGUACGAGGAGUGGGACGAGGCGCACGAGGCGUCCCCGUCUGAGAACCCGCUACUCGAGGGGGUUCCCCCGCCUGCAUCGCUGGCGCCGGUCGCUCGACCCGCGCCGAUCCCAGAGCCCGAUGACGACGACAUACCACUGCGCCUGCUGCGUAACAGUCCAAGCCGCGAUCCCGAACCCGCAGCGCCGGAAGAGACGGACGCACUCCUCGAUGGAUUCGACGGCCCGAUCGCCAUCAUGGCCAAGAGCAACACGGGCGGGCCGCGCCAGGCUGCGCUUGAGGCGUAUCGCUUCUUCCAGGAUCCGUCGAGGUACGACGGCGGAUCGUACCCCGAGAACGACAUGGAGGCGCUGCAGCUCACGUUCACCCCGGUGCUGUUCCUCCUCCUCGCGAUCAUCGGCGGAUCGCUCGCGCUCGCCCUCGGCGGUCUCGCGGGCUACCACUGGUAUCUCAUGAUAGGCAGCCGGCAACGCCUCCCCGGCGCCUGGCGGCCAGACCACAUCCUGACCCGGCCAGAACGCACCCGGCUUCGCCGUGAAGCGCGCGAGAUCAACGUGUACGACCUGGGCUGGGCGCGCAACGUGCGGCAGGUCAUGGUCGGGGACGCCACGCUCCCUGCCGCGAGCUGGGGAGAGUGGGCGCGGGACGUCGCGCGUGCGGCGUGGCCCCUCACGCCUCCCCGGAUGCAGAAGUAUGCGCGGGGGCACGUGUUUGCGCACGACCGCGACGCGCUGCGCGACCUGAAGGCGCUGACGCGCGAGGUGCGGCUGGGGCUGGGAGCCGAAGCAGAACGGCGGGACAGCGACACGACGGUGAGCGCUGACAGCGACCGUGUGCCGCCGUACCGACGCUAUGAGUGA